AUGCUUAUUUUCUUUCUUUCUUUCUUUCUUUCUUUCUUUCUUACUGUCUCUCUUUCUGUCUUUCUUUCUUUCUAUCUUUCUUUGUUUCCCACUGUCUCUCUUUCUUUCUUUCAGUUUUUCAUUUUAUAUAUUCAUCUUUUACUCUUCAAUGUUUAUUUUCUUUCUUUCUUUCUUUCUUUCUUUCUUUCUUUCUUUCUUUCUUACUGUCUCUCUUUCUUUCUUUCUUGGUCUCAUACUUACUCACUGCACUCACUCACUGCCCUCAGUCAAUCAGUCACUAACUCACUCACUCACUCACUACCAUCCUUCACUCUCUCACUCCCUCACUGUACUCCUUUGGGGGCACUCAAAAAAACUGCUCUCACCACUCCUCAAACUUUUGAACUGUCUCUUCCUCUCUACCAUCCUUCACAACUCUCCCUCACUGUACUCCUUGCUCACUCCUCCACUUGCAAAUGCUCAUCUGUUGUUCCUCCUUUAAGAACUCCACUCACCAUCACUCACUCUUCCACUACCAUCCUUGUUUUUCCUCCCUACUCAUACUGCUUUUCUCACUCACCCACUUUCACUCACCACUUACUAUCCUUCACUCUCUCACUUCCUCACUGUACUCCCUUACUCACUCAUCUAGCAUACUGCUCUCCUCAAAAACUCUCUUCUCUCACUAACUCACUUGUGACCAUCCUUCACUCUCUCACUCCCUCACUGUAA